AUGACGAUGGAUGCGAUGCAUGGGAUGGAUCAUCAAGGACCUGCUCACGAUGGACCUUGGGAUGAUGGGGGUGGUAGAAAACAAUCGCUUAGCGAUAACAGCAGCGAUAAUGAACCCGAGAAAUCCACUGUGGUCGCUGGUGAAAGACCUCCUUUUCGUGCUACUGAUACCGAGUUAUCCGCUCGCAGCUCAACGGAUGAUGAGGGACUGAUUUUGGACAAAACAAUGAUCCCACCUGAUAUACCACUGGAAGCAUUGGCUGGUCCAGGACUCGUUACCAACUAUACCGAUAAUGAUCAAUUCGAUUGGGCUGCUGGUGGUGAUGAUGAAGAAGAGGAAGAUGACAAGGUGAAAAGCAAGAAAUCAAGUGCACUGAUAUUGUGCCUAUCUCGCAACUCGUCCUACAUUGCCUGGUCACUGCUAUUUCUCUUUGCAUUGGUUUUGAUCGCUGUGGACGUUGCCGUGUUUGUGGUAUAUCAAGAUCAUGUAUCCAUGGUAUCAUACAACCUGCAGUUGUGGUUUACAUGGGCUGCGUUCAUGUGGUGUAUCAGCAUGGUGCUCCAAGUAGUGGUUGAGCUUGUACCUUGGGCCAUACGACGCUUGGUUGGAUUACUACGCCCACAAUCAACAGAAGUUUUGAGGAUGCGAUUGGCGUACUAUAUGGCGUUGCGUCCUUUCAUCAAGGCAUUAUUGGUAUCGGCAUGGAAUUGGGGAUCAUGGGCACUCAUUCUACAAUUGGUGGCGUUACCAGAAGGUGCAACAAGACCCAGCUAUGUCAAUGUCUUUUACAGUAUAUGGGAAUGUGUAUUUUUCGCUGCAUUGCUGCUGUUUAUUGAAAAGUUUAUUCUUCAGCUAAUUGUUACUUCCUUCCACAAGAAAGCCUAUGGUGACCGUAUCACAGAGAAUGAUCACGCGCUCAAAAUCUUGGAUCGUCUAAAGAAAACAAAACGCAAAACACCCCAGGAUUUGCUGAAACGCAUACGACGCAAAGGAAAGAACAAUGACACGACAAGUGCCAAUGGGACACCUGUUCGCUCAGCAUCCACAGAUGAAAACAUGCCAACAUCAAUCAUGCGUUGUACCGAACAGCAGCAGCAACAAGGUGACAUGCGUAAUAACAAUGUGCAUUUCCCAUCACAAAGAAUGGAUACCCUUAUUGCCAUUCCCGCCCUUGAAGAAAAGGAUGAUGAUUACGAUGAAAAGAAGGACCCAUCAUGUGUUGGACAACAACAACAACAACAACCAAUGCAACAGACCAAUGACUCACGUACUACAGCUGAUUUCGUAGCUAAUUUAACAAGACGACUACGUGAAGUGAGCAAGUCAUCAUCCAAGAAUAAUAACUCACAGCAACAACAACAACAACAAGAUCCAACAUCGCCGCCACCUCUUUCUCGAAGCAGCACAGCUAUUGGUGAUGAGAAAUCAUUCAUGAAUACAGCAGCUGGUAGUGCUCCUGGUCGACUAUUUAAGACUGGAUACAAAAAGUGGCGUACCGUCACCGCACAGGCCACUACGAGUGCUAGUGGUGCUGUGACACCACAAAGCUCGUCGCACCAAGCUAAAGCAUUGGCACGACGCAUCUAUCACAACAUUGUCGGACCCACUGGAAACCGCCAGAUAAACGAAAAGGAUCUCUUUCCCUUUUUCAACUCCCACCACGACGCAUUGGAGGCAUUUCGACUCUUCGAUCGCGAUGGCAACGGGAGUGUCAGCAAACAAGAACUGCGAUCCGCAUGCAUUCGCAUUUACCGUGAACGUAAAAACCUGGCACGAUCCAUGAGAGACUUGUCACAAGCAACAGGGAAAAUGGAUGUCAUUUUACUCGUCGUCUUUACGGUCAUCUUUAUCAUCAUUGUGUGUGCAGCCUUUGGUGUCAACGUUGGUACACAAUUGAUGCCAUUGUGGAGUGCUUUUAUCGCAGCAAGCUUUGUAUUUGGAAACAGUGCCAAGGAUGCAUUUGACUCGGUUAUCUUUGUCUUUGUCACGCAUCCAUUUGAUGCUGGGGAUCGUAUCUUUGUUGGCACCAAUAAUUGGGUCGUGGUCAAGGUUGGAUUACUGGUAUCGACCUUCAUGAAUUGGGAUGGCACGAUCAUUUAUGCCAAAAACUCAGUGCUGGCAACACAAUACAUCACCAACGUGCGACGCAGUGGACCUAUGGGUGAAACGCUUGAAAUCCAUAUCGCCUUCGAUACGCCAACUUGGAAGAUCCACAAGCUACGUGACCAUAUGACAGAAUGGACAAACGAACGACCUACACUUUAUCGUCCCAACUCAUCCUCAUGCAAUGUGGUCUCCUUUGAGAAUCAAAACCGUAUCACAGUGACCUUUUACUUUGAACACACGCAAAAUUGGCAGGAUGCAGGAGGUCGUUGGUUACGACACAAUACGUAUAUCGUGGAGCUCAAAGAAGAAAGCGAACGCCUCGGCAUUGAAUAUGCAUUACCACGUCAACCUUUUGGAAAUGAUGGGACAAACGGCCCUGAAGGUCCACCCGAGAUAUACAACAAGGGAUCAAAGUCAAGUGGUGAAGGUUCACCUGAAGGUUUGAGGAUGCGUCAUGGAUUCGCUGCACAACCAGAGGGUUAUCAAUAUUCUACACGAGGUCCUACUGGUCCUGCUGGUGGUGGAUCAUCAUCAAAUUCAUCGGGUCAAGGAAAUGAUUCUGGUGCACAAGCAGGUGCUGCUGCUGCUGUUACUUUCACCACAAUGUAG